UGAUCUUCAUCUGUCUUUCCGCCAAACACAUAUGCUCUGCCCUUGACUUCGGAGACACUGUGAUAUACUCGCGGCAGCUUCACAUCGUUGAUAGGUCUGGUGGUUGCUUUGAGAGGUAGAGUUGGGUCGUAGAUGCCUUUUGCUAAUGCGAGGCCGCCUUCGACAAGAUGUUCGACCGCGUAGAGGACACCCGCUGCUUCGGCCAUUAUGUUUAUUCCACAAGCUAACUUUGUUAUGGAGUAUGUUUGUCAAGGUUCGAGUGAAGAGAGGGAAGUGUGUUCAAGGGUUCACGAACACGCGUUGUCAUUACACCUGCAUGGGCAUGAUGUAAUGGUGGGGUGUGCUCAAAGAGGGGUGCCUGAGACCUCAGGCUACCCUGAGGAUUCACUCGUGCAGGCUUCACUCUUGUUUACUACAGUUCAGGCAAGAGCCGAUUUUCCUCCACACUUGGUCGAUUUGAUUGACGAAGCACUGUCUAGCGACACGGACGGCAACUUGUCAAGCAUAUUUGGUACUUCUAGGAGCCAGUCUGUCCCAUAUCCAGAGCUAAAAAAAAACGCAAAAAUAACAUGCCCAUUCACGGAAUCGAACCAUGGAUCUUGUCAUAUCACCUUCUGGAGGCUUACGAGUGACACGCCGUACCACUUGGCCAAACGGGCAGAUUGAACAAACGCUUGUGAAUAGCAAAUAAGAAUUCGAGUUGACAGGCUCGAGAGAAGUCGAAGCAGAUUUCAAUUCGCUGUGCAGAUAUCCUGCUCACGGGUCCAGCGCUGAGAUGCAUUACAAUGGCAACAAUGAAGUGCUUAUGCGACCCCAAGGCCCAGAGAUAAUGCGGGAUGCGCCUUGAUUCCGAAGCAUAAAAUUGGGUCUGGUCAAUUUUG